AUGACCACCACCUCGUCAUCACCUCAUCCAUCAGGGAUGGAUUCCUUCUGGCGAAGCCAACUGGGAGAGCUGGAUCGCCACCGCACAACACCUGAGCUGCCUGCCGAAGUCGAUGUCCUGGUCAUUGGCGCAGGUUACUCGUCGGCGUCUUUUGUGACGCAUUUUCUUGCCUCUGAAGCUGCUGCGUCGUCCGUUCUGGUGCUGGAGGCGCGCCAGCUGUGCUCAGGCGCCACAGGUCGCAAUGGUGGACAUUUGAAGCCCGAUUACUACUACGGAGCGGCAGGUCACGCGGCCGAGUACGGACUGGACGCUGCGGCUGAGGUCGCGGAGUUUGAACACGCAAACCUGCAAGCUGUUUCCGACUUUAUCAUCGAGAACAAUGUGGACUGUGAUUAUAUUGUCACCCGCGCUGUCGAUGUCCAGCUUGGGGAUGACGUGUAUAAUAAGGCAAAGGCGGGAUAUGAGUUGCUGAAGAAAUCACGGACUGGUAAGGAUGUGUUUGCAAUCCCAGACAGUCUUGCGGAAAAGAUCUCUGGUGUCAAGAAGGCCAAGAGUGCAUUCUCGUUUACUUCAGGCCAUCUCUGGCCGUAUAAGCUGACGCACCACUUGUUCGCCGACGCUCUCAGAAAAGGCAUCAACCUCCAGACGGAGACACCUGUUCAAGGGAUCUCAAAGAGUCCCGACGAGAACGGAAAUUGGAUAGUACAUACCCAGCGAGGCAUGAUUCGAGCUAAAAAAGUCGUAGCUACUUCCAACGCUUACACCUCGUCCUACCUACCGGAGUACAAAGACAAAAUCAUCCCUUACCGCGCCAUCUGUUGCCGUAUUACGUGUCCUGAGCAAUCCCGCCCCCGCUUGAACAAUACGUACGCCCUGCGGUUUGCUGACUGGGAUUUUGAUUACUUAAUCCCGCGGCCAGACGGCAGCAUUGUCGUCGGCGGAGCACGCUCUGCUUACCUCUCAAACAAAGACGUAUGGUAUGACUCCGUCGACGACAGCCGCGUAAUCGAGCAGGCGCGGUCCUACUUUGACGGCUACAUGCAGCGUCACUUCCACGGCUGGGAAGACUCGGAGGCCGCGGUCUCAGACAUAUGGACAGGCAUAAUGGGCUACUCGUCUGACCGCCUCCCGAGAGUCGGAGAGGUGCCCUCCCGGCCUGGGGUCUUCAUCAUGGGCGGUUUCACAGGCCAUGGCAUGGCACAGAUAUUUCUCACAGCCAAAGGCCUCGCAGGCAUGAUCAGAGACGGCGACACGUACGAUCAAACGGGGAUUCCCCGGAUAUUCCAGGAGUCCCCACAGAGAUUGGCGAGCCCCGAGAAUAAGGUGCUGAAGUUGUGGAAGACGGCGGCAGGUGCUGCUAGACUGUGA